UUUUUCAGCUCAACAAAAGUUUAUACGCAUGUAUAUGUAAUUAAAAAAUAAAUAAAUGCUUUUCUCAAACUUAUUUCACAACUCAUCGGAAAUACAAUGAUAUGAAAUGAUUUUAAAAAAGCAGUAUCCUUGGUGUAGUUCUAGUGAAAAAUUCAACAUUGAACUGGCUGAAGACAUGUUUUUCUCAAAAGAACUGAAAAAACUGUUUAAUCCGUCUGACAUAGGUUAAUCUUUUGAGUUGAUCAAAUUCAGUCAGUUCCAGUUUCAUGAUUAGAGUUGUGAGUUGGUAAACAUCCAUGCAAUAGCAACAGAAGUGUUCCACUGACCGGAGAGUAUCGUCUGUUCUACUUUCGCCUGCGUGUUAAUUGGCUUAUCAGAUCUUCGCGCAGAAAUCAAAACAGAAGUAAAGUUUACUUAAAAUUGCAAGAAUGAAUUGGCUAGUGUUUCAUAAUUAUGAUUACAGUGAUAGAAAAUUCGAGAUGUCUAAUCCCUACUCAGGCCCUUAUUUAGGGAAGAUGAAUGCUGAAAAAGAUGAAAGUGGUACGCCUACAGUUAGUGUGACUAAUUCUGAAACAGUGGACAAGAAUAAAAAGUUUACGGUCUACAAAGUUGUUGUAGAAGCAGCUGGUCAGCAAUGGUAUGUUUUUCGCAGAUAUAAUGAGUUCAGUAAGCUUUUGGAAACGCUCAAGCGCCUCUAUCCUCAUAUUUCCUUGAAAUUACCCGGGAAAAAACUUUUCGGAAGUAAUUUCAGUUCAGAUUUCAUAAAGAAUAGACGCCAAGGACUUAACGAUUUUGUUCAGAAAUUAGUUUCAGAACCACAGCUUUUAGAAUGUCCUGACGUUCGAGAAUUUCUUAGUGUUGAUAAAAUGCUGGCUGCUGCCAGCAAUGUCUCUCCUUUAAACAAAAUGCAAGAUCUAUCCGAAAGCCUUUACUCAGAAGACAAAUCUGGGGAUGAAGUUGAAAAAGAAGAAAAGCCAGUUGAUCUAGGGCCUAAGGAAAAGAAAAAUGUAAAACCUAGCGAUUUUGAAUUUCUCAAAGUUAUCGGAAAAGGCAGUUUUGGAAAAGUGCUGUUAGCUAAACAUAAGGUGGAACAUAAUGUUUAUGCCGUAAAGGUGUUGCAGAAAAAGAUGAUUCUGAAAAGGAAUGAAAAGAAUCAUGUCAUGAGUGAAAGAAAUGUUCUUCUUAAAAAUCUCCAUCAUCCUUUCCUUGUUGGUCUUCAUUAUGCCUUUCAAACGCCUGAUAAAUUAUAUUUCGUCUUAGAUUAUGUAAAUGGAGGAGAACUAUUUUUCCACUUGCAACGAGAGAGGUAUUUUCAAGAGCCUAGAGCUCGGUUCUAUGCAGCUGAAAUAACAAGUGCCAUUGGAUAUUUACAUUCGGAAGGAAUUAUAUAUAGGGAUUUAAAGCCGGAAAAUAUUCUUCUAGAUUAUCAGGGACACGUUGUUCUGACAGACUUCGGUUUAAGCAAAGAAGGCCUUGCUGAGAAAGACACAACCACUACAUUUUGUGGUACUCCUGAGUAUUUGGCACCGGAAGUUUUGAGAAAACAAGCGUAUGACAAAUCAGUGGACUGGUGGUGUCUUGGAGCUGUUCUUUAUGAAAUGAUGUAUGGUUUGCCUCCAUUUUAUAGCAAGGACACAAUGGAAAUGUACCAAAAUAUUCUCAACAAGCCACUACGUUUGAGAACAAAUAUUUCAAUUCCAGCUCGGAACUUACUAGAAGGGCUAUUGCAGAAAGAUAAAAAUAAAAGAUUAGGUGCUGUUUCAGAUGUAGAGGAAGUUAAAAAGCACGAUUUUUUCCGAGCAAUCAAUUGGACGGAUUUAGAAGCUAAAGCAAUACCUCCUCCCUAUAAUCCGAACGUCAGAGGAAAAAUGGAUCUGAAAAAUAUUGAUCCAGAGUUUAUCAGAGAACCUGUACCAGCUUCACUAGCACGUUCUCAGAGUUUAAGUGCAAGUGUUCAAGAUGCUGAUGUCUCAUUUGUUGGAUUUUCAUACGCUCCGCCAAAUGAACUUUGAACUUUGUUUAAAAAAAAAGAGAUAGUGCAAUUGUUUUUGUUAAAAUGUGUCCUAAAAGUGUCUAUUUGUUGAAAAUGUAACAGUAUUUAACUUUAUUUGUAUUAUUUACUGAAUACAUAAUUGUGGGCAAAGGAAAAUUCUAAGACAUAUUUAAAGAGAUUAUUAAGGAGUUGAAGUAAGGAGAUUAGUUAAGUUACUGGAGAAGCAUCUUAAUGCAUUAACUUUAGAAAACGCCAUUUAUAAUUAUUUUUGGAAUAAAUAUUUCUAAAUGGUUAUCAAAAUUUUUAAAAGCUUAACAAGUUAAAAUAUUAAACAUCAUAUGGGAGCUACUUAACAUUUUAAAAUUAUUUUUUUAUACAGUAAGUAAUUUUUUAUUAACAAAUGUACACAAUUUUAUAUAAAAAAAGAGAAUAUUUAUUUUUAUGUUAAAUAAUUUAUUGUAUUUUGAAAAUACUCAACUGUUGAAUUUAUGUUGAAAUGUUAUAUAAUUAAAAUUAUCCUAAAAAAGCA